AUGAACCGAUUUCGUCGUACUUUACCGCCAACGAUACUCAAGGAAAUCUUCGGUGGUAACAAAGAGAAGAAGAAAUUCAUGUCCGCUGAUUUUGGCAAAGAUGCCUCCGCUGGAUCCGAUUUACAGAGAGCGGUCAGUUUCGUACCACCCUGUCUGAAGGAAGAAUUGCUGUGCAAAUAUUCGGAGCCGGUGAGAGACUGCUGUCACAAAGUGACGAUCGUGGGGGCUGGUAUGGUCGGCGUGGCCAUCGCGAACUCGAUUAUCUUUCAGAGAAUUUCCCCGCAUGUCGCUAUAGUAGAUGCAUUCCCAAAGAAACUCGAAGGAGAGGGAAUGGAUUACAGCCACGGUUCCGUAUAUUUAGGAGAUCCACGCAUCGAUUACGAUACAGACUUUUGUAUUUCGAGCAAUUCGAAGGUGGUGAUCCUGGCCGCGGGUGUGCGACAGGUAAAAGGUGAAUCUCGAUUAGACUUGGUGAAACGAAACACUGAGAUAUUGAAGAACAUAAUACCCACCCUAGUCGGUUACAGUCCAAACGCUGUAUUUUUAAUCGUCAGUAAUCCAGUUGACAUUUUGUCGUGGGUCACGUGGAAAGUGAGCGGAUUACCGGCCAAUCGAAUUAUCGGAAGUGGAACUCAUCUCGAUUCAGCGAGAUUUCGAUUCUUGAUCGCCGAACGUUUAGAAAUAGCCCCCAGUGCGAUCCAUGCUUACAUUGUGGGCGAACACGGUGAUAGUCAGGUUCCACUCUGGUCCGGAGUGAAUGUUGCGGGCGUCCAAUUUCGCGACAUUCUGCCUAACAUUGGACUGGAAACCGACGAGGAGAGAUGGAACGAAAUCGCCAAAGAAGUAGUCAGACUAGGUCCUACAGUGAGAUGUUUGAAAGGAUACUCGAACACAGCGAUCGGUCUUUCGACAGCCAAUAUUGUGGAUGCUAUAUUGAGCAAUACCCAGAGGGUUAUGCCAGUUUCAACCAUGAUCCAAGGUCACCACGAGGUGUGUCACGAAAUGUUCUUAUCCCUGCCCUGUUCCAUAGGCGAGCAAGGGGUCACAAAUAUCGUACGAAUGCGUAUCACAGAGCACGAGAAGAAAUUGUUCCAAACAUCGGCCAAUCAUGUUUACAACGUGCAAAAGGAUAUAAAAAUUUGA